UUUACCCUUAAACAUAUUCUCUUUCAUUUUUCCACGCGCUCUGUUUUCUUCUUUCUCUCUGAAAACCCUAGCGCCGCCGUCGAACCACCUUCUGCCUCUUCCUCCGUCACCUCACCUCCAAUCGAAGAAAGGAGUUCAUUUUUGUGUUCAUCAUCACGUGACCUUUAACCUGAACCAGUUUGAUUUUUGUAUUAGACAAUGUCAGUUUAGAUGCAUUAUACGACUCCGUGAACGGAGGUGGCGAUGUUUGGAUCAACGAGAAUCGCUUCCGCAUCUUGCGUCAGCUCGGAGAAGGCGGCUUCGCUUACUACCUCGUCAAGGAAACUCCCAACGACUCUCCCGCCGGUGGCCUCGCCAAUAAAGUCAAAGACUUCUCUCAUCUUUCCGAUGAUGGAACUUAGACUAUGAAAAAGGUCCUCAUUCAGAACAAUGAGCAGUUGGAGUUGGUUAGGGAGGAGAUACGUGUCUCGUCACUGUUUAGUCAUCCGAAUCUCCUGCCGCUUCUUGAUCAUGCUAUCAUUUCUGUUAAGCCUACUGCAGAGACAUCUUGGAGCCAUGAAGUAUACUUGUUAUUUCCGGUUCAUUUGGAUGGAACAUUGCUAGAUAAUGCCAAAACAAAGAAAGCCAAGAAAGAGCACUAUUCUACCUCAGAUGUUCUUCAAAUAUUUCAGCAGAUCUUUAGGGCAUUAUCUUAUAUUCAUCGUUGUAUUGGAGUCUGCCAUCGAGAUAUCAAACCUCAAAAUCUAUUGGUCAAGACCUAUGGUUAUGAAAUGUCAGUAUGUUGUUCGAGGAGAGAUUGUUACACUUGCUCAGGUACUGUGAUUCUCAUUUAUAUUGUGUUGGUGAAAUCAGGUUUCAUUGAAAAGAAUUUGCAAAAAGAUUUGCUGGCCAAUCCAAGUGCUCAUUCUUUUGAUGAGGUAAAAAAGGCCAGCCAAAAUAGAUAUGUGAGUACCCAAAGAUAUGAAGGCAUGGAUUUCAAAUAUGAAGCUUAUCCAUGUGGCUGGUACCAAAGGGAAGGUAGUUUAUUAACUUUUGUGGUUGCCUUGUGUGCUUGGAAUGAAUCCAUCACGAGAAGUUCAAAUAGAUUUUCUUAAAUAUUGAUGUGUGGAAUGAAGAGGAUGAUUGCUCUCUUGCAGGAAUGAAGAGGAUGAUUGCUCUCUUGCAGGAAUGAAGAGGAUGAUUGCUCUCUUGGCAGGAAUGAAGAUGAUGAUUCCAUUAUGAAGAUGAAGGCUGCCCAAUUCUCAUCUCAUUAAACUCGAGUUCUUUAUACUCACUUAAUUUGGAGUCUACUGAUCUUGUUUUAGGAAUGCAUGGAAUUGUUGUUGAGAUUGGUUACUUUGUUUUAAACUCACUCUUUUUUACUAACUAAUGUCCUGAUGUUUAUAAUUUUGUAGCAAAUUUUAU